AUGGUCCCUGAUAAAGUCACAUCUAUCUGCUGUAUCGGUGCGGGGUAUGUCGGUGGUCCGACAUGCUCUAUCAUUGCGCAGCAGUGCCCUGAGAUCAAGGUCACGAUCGUGGAUGUGAAUACGCAGCGCAUCGCACAGUGGAACUCGGAAGAUUUCCGGCAGCUGCCCGUCUUUGAGCCGGGUCUUGUGGACGUCGUGCGUGAGUGCCGUGGUCGUAAUCUGUUCUUCACGACCGAUAUCGACGGUGCGAUUGAAGAGGCACAGAUUGUGUUUGUGAGUGUCAACACGCCGACCAAGACGUCGGGUGUCGGCAGUGGCUACGCGGCCGACCUCCGCUAUGUCGAGGCGUCGACGCGCCGCAUUGCGUCCGUCGCCAAGACGUCUAAAAUCAUCGUGGAAAAGUCGACGGUGCCGUGCCGCACGGCUGCGUCCAUGCGCGCCAUCCUCGAGUCGAACUGCAAGCCGGGCGUCGAGUUCCAGAUCCUGUCGAACCCCGAGUUCUUGUCGGAGGGCACAGCGAUUCAGGACCUACUGAAUCCAGACCGCGUGCUUAUCGGCAAUCUCGACACGCCCGCGGGACGCAAAGCGGCACAGUUACUGAGUGGCCUGUACCACCACUGGGUGCCGGAGGAACGCAUCCUGCACACGGGUCUCUGGAGUAGCGAGCUCAGCAAGCUCGCUGCCAAUGCCUUGUUGGCGCAGCGCAUCUCGUCGAUCAAUGCCAUCUCGGCUAUCUGCGAGGCCACGGGCGCGAAUGUCGACGAGGUCGCGCAUGCAUGUGGCUUGGACCGUCGUAUCGGCCCGCACUUUUUGCGCGCAAGUGUCGGAUUCGGUGGUAGCUGCUUCCAAAAAGAUAUCCUCAACUUGUCAUACCUCAGCGAGAGCCUCGGCCUGCCUCAGGUAGCCGAGUACUGGCGCCAAGUGAUCACUAUGAACGAGUUUUCCAAGUCCCGUUUCGCGAAAAAGGUGGUGCAGACGCUCUUUAACACGGUCACGGCCAAGCGUCUGGCUCUCCUAGGCUUUGCCUUCAAAAAGGACACAGGCGACACGCGCGAGUCCCCGGCUAUUUCGCUGUGCAAGCACUUCCGCGAAGAGGGCGCCCACGUUGCGAUUUACGAUCCGAAGGUUAAGCGCGAGCAAAUCUACCUUGACUUGUCGGAGCCUGGCGUUGUGGAUGAUCGUCGGGCGCUGGAGGAUGCCAUCUCGGUGUGCCCCACCGCGCUGGAUGCGUGCCACGACGCAGAGGCCGUGGUGAUUGCUACGGACUGGGACGAGUUUAAGCAGAUUGACUGGUCUCUCGUCUACAAUGUGAUGCGCAAGCCGGCCGUGAUCUUUGACGGACGCCGCGUGCUCAACAUUGCGGAACUGAAAAAGAUCGGAUUCAAGGUGCACUCCGUCGGUCAAGGUCCCGAGUUGCAGGACAAUGUGUGGGUAUAG